GAGUUUUAGUAAAUUUCGGUGCAUUAAAUAUGUGGUAUUUGUAGCGCCCUCUUUUGUCCGCCAUAAUAGUUAUCAACAUGGCAAAGGUAAAGGCCAAGGAACUCCGUGGCAAGAAGAAGGAGGAUUUGGAAAAGCAGUUGGAUGAACUUAAACAGGAACUGGGUACACUGAGAGUUGCCAAGGUAACUGGUGGUGCAGCAUCAAAACUGUCAAAAAUUCGUGUGGUAAGAAAAUCCAUUGCUCGAGUGUUGACAGUGAUGCACCAGACCCAGAAAGAAAACUUGAGGAAAUAUUACAAAUCUAAGCGCUUAAAGCCCACAGACCUCCGCAAAAAGAAGACUCGCGCCAUGAGAAGGGCCCUGACACCUUUCGAAAAGUCCAUCAAGUCACGAAAACAGCAGCGCAGAGAAAGACUCUACCCCAUGAGAAAGUUUGCUGUUAAACAAUAAAGUGUAGAGUUACA